AACUUCGUCCGAAAAUUGGUUGAUGAGACACUGGAUCGGACAAUUACGUUUUGUGAGCAACCACGGCACGCAAUCAGCGCGCUUGAACGCAUCUGUGCUAAAGCCUGGCCACAGUUAGAGUCAAAACGUCAUCGAAAUCGCAUUCGGGCCUAUCUAAAGGCUUGCCGACGAAAUUCUAAGAAGAAUCGUGGACAAAUCAAUAUGAAAGAGCCUCCCCUGAAUGGGCUGUCAGCAGAGGCUCGUCAGAUGGUUGUAUCAGCCCUAAACCUCGUAACGAAGGAUAUUGAACAGCUUCGACAGACUCUCAUGUUUCCCACAAACGGAAAUGGGACAAGUGGCGAGGGUGGUGCGGCAGACAGCACUCCCUAUCAGAACCCUGUUCUCACCCCCCAUGGGAACGCUAAAUCGAGCAGCUUUGAGUUCGCUCGCUCUGGCCUGGAUUGUCAUGAGAAACGGACAGCUGUUCCCGACUUCUCUAAAAGUGCCUACCGACUAAGGGUGGAUGGAAAACAGGGCCCCUUGAAGCUGCCAAGCCUCUCUGAAACCCCUAGGCAGGACAUAUCGGCACCGCCAGCCCACUUUGCGGCAGCAAAAUACAGUCCCACUCUUAAUGAAGCCACUGCUCGCCUUCUAGAUGUGCGUCCGUUGACACAGGAUGACAUUUCCUACUUCCAACACUACCAAGACGUCACGCAGGAUGCCCUAGAGUAUAUAAAAGGAGUUUCACAAAUGCUCCUGAAAAAGGCGGAAGUACUUGAGGGCCACUUCAAAUCUACUAAAGCUUCACUUAGCCACUUGCCGCUCAAUUUUUCCAAUAACAUUUAA